AAAAAGAUGAAAAAUGAAAACAGUCCAGAAACCCAAAGAAGUAAAACAAGUGCACCGUGGGAGGAAAAUGGCCCACAGAGUGGGCUGUAUAAUUCUCCCAGUGACCGCAAUAAAUCACCGAAGUUUCCUUACUCACGGCGUCGGAACCCAUCAGGUGGCAGUGAGAAUGAGUCUGGACAGCCAGUCCGGAGAAGGAAAAAUCAAAACAGUGGUGAAGAUUCAGAUUUAAAGCAAAGGAGAAGAUCACGAUCUCGCUGUAACACCAGCAGUGGCAGUGAAUCAGAAAAUUCCAACAGAGAGCAUCGGAAGAAGAGAAACAGGUGA